AUGGCUAUGACAUACUCCAAUAAUAUGACGUACUCCAACAGUACACCUGAAGACUACUCUGACUAUAAUCAAAUCCAAAAUGGAGACAACUUCCAGCUCUGCAGCAACAACAAUGUAAUGACCUUUAGCCAAGUCAUCCUUCCUUCCCUCUACAGCAUUGUCUUCAUUGUGGGAUUCAUUGGAAAUGGCCUGGUGCUGUGUGUCCUUGUCAAGUACCACAACAGGUCAAAUGUGACAGAUGUGUGUCUCUUCAACCUGGCCCUUUCAGACCUCCUCUUCCUGAUCUCAUUGCCUUUCUGGGCUCACUACGCCGCCAUCUCUGAGUGGACUUUCGGGGGCUUCCUGUGUCAUGCAGUGACAGCGCUCUACAUGCUGGGAUUCUAUGGAAGUAUCUUCUUCAUGAUCCUCAUGACUGUAGACCGCUAUGCCGUCAUUGUCCAUGCCCAUAACUCUCUCUUCUCCAAGAACCGAUCUGUCAGAGCUGGCAUAGUUGUGGCUUUCUUUAUGUGGGCACUUAGCUUGGGAGCUUCUCUGCCAACCAUCAUUUUCUCCAAAGUGAAGAAUGAAUCAGAUGGUAGUACAUGCAAGGUGGAAUAUCCACAAGGGACAGCAUGGGAGUCCUUCUCUUACAUUGAGCUAAACAUCGUCAGCUUGAUUUUUCCUCUCUUGGUGAUGGUGUUUUGCUACUCGCGUAUCAUCCCAGUCUUAAUGGCCAUGAAGUCUCAGAAGAAACACAAAGCUGUCAAGCUCAUACUUGUCUUGAUCAUUAUUUUCUUCCUCUUCUGGACGCCCUACAACAUCGUCGUCUUCCUGAAGUUCCUGCACAAAUUGGGUUACAUGUACACCUGUCAGUGGGAACAGGACCUGCACAUGGCUAUGCAGUGGGUGGAAACCAUAGCGUUCAGUCACUGCUGCCUCAACCCCAUAAUCUACGCCUUUGUGGGGCAGAAAUUCAGAAAUUUAGUUCUCAAGAUUCUGAAAGAGUGGUUUCCUGUUUGCUUUGGUCAGUGCACAACAAUUGUCAGUGAGUUCUCAGACAGAAGGAGCUCUAUGUACUCACGCUCCUCAGAGAUAUCCACGACAAAGAUUAUUUAGUCACAGGCUGCUGAUGGCAAUGGGGUUUAAUCAGAGAUAAAGCCAAAACCUGCAGAUUGGCUCAGCAAUGCACAGCAUUACUGGUGCAACGCUUUCGAAUUUUCUAAAAGUAUGUCAUUGCGUUUAUUCAAUUUAGCUUCUUUUGGGAUUCUGUUUUGGUCACAUAAAAUUGUUUUACUAUACCUUUAUUGUUAGUUAUGCACAGCUUAUGCGUAUGUUUAGAAUUGCAGCUCAAUUUAAAACUAUUACUGCAUGGUUUGCAUACAGCAUAACAGGUAUUACAUACAA